AUGGAAGCGAAUCGCGAUGCCGCGCUUCUCUGUCGAGAUCGUGCGGUUAAACAUUUCCAGCAAGGAAAAAAAGUUGAGGCUCUUCGAUUUGCUAAGAAGGCUAAGAACCUGUACCCUGAUAUAGAUAUUCCUGAUUUCAUAUUUCAUGCCGAUAAUGACAAUGAUACGCAUGUGAGGAGGCGAAGAUCCGUUAGUCAGCCACGUCAUGGAAGUGUACAUGAGGAAACACAAAAUCGGAGAGAAAAAUCUGAGGAAAGGAAUUUCACCAAGUCUCAAGUGGAAGCUGUUCGCCGUGUAAUGGCUUGCAAGAAUCUCUACGAUGUUCUCGGUGUAUCGAAAGAUGCCAGUGAAGAUGACGUCAAGCGAGCUUACAAGAGUUUGGCACGCAAGUUUCACCCUGAUAAAAAUAAAGCUCCCGGUGCCACAGAAGCUUUUAAGAAAAUUGGCAGCGCCUUCAAUGUGUUAACUGAUGCCACUAAGCGUCGUCGUUAUGAUCAAUUUGGUACUGUUGACGAAGAACGUCCAUCUGUCAUGCGACGCCGGGAAAAUGCUUAUAAUUUCGAUGGAAAUGGCGGAUUCGAUGCCGAGUUUAUCAAUAUGUUCUUUAAUGGUGGUUUCCCGUUCUCUCAAAAUGUGCGAUACGCAAGGCAUCACACACAGCAUCAUGAAUCGAAUGAUAAUAACUAUUUCGCCUAUGUGCAAAUCUUGCCUCUUCUUAUCCUCUUUGGGCUCUCGUUCUUCAGUAACUUUCUCGUAAAGGAUCCCGUUUUCAGUCUACAGCGAACAACAAAAUAUCCUGUAGAGCGUUUUACCCAUAACCACCACUUGCCGUACUAUGUGAAGGAGACCUUUUCAAAGGAUUAUGAUGGUUCGUUGCGUUAUGUAGAAAAUCAGGUGCUAGAUCAGCAUAUGCACGUUCUUCGUGAAAGGUGCUUCAAAGAACGUUUGCAAAAGGAGGCAUUAUUAUACCGAGCCCGUUACCCUCAUGAUCCCGUUGCCUUGGACCGAGCAAAUCGCUACGCAACGCCAAGCUGUGAUCGGUUAGUGGAGUUGCCACUAACCUCCCCUGUUAUUUCAGUGCUGAUGCUUACUGGGAUCAGGACAAGAUUGGCGGGUGGUCUGAGGUAUGCGUCAACCGCGAUUGCGCCUAGCCAACGUCUCUGGCGCUCAUUUCUCUACGUGCCUGGAGAUCAGGAGAAGAAGAUCUCCAAAAUAGCCAAACUCUGUGACACCAAUGAGGUCUCCUCUGCCAUUCCAGAUAUUGUCGUUUUGGACUGUGAGGAUGCGGUUUCUGCUGAAAAUAAGGCUAAAGCCCGCAAGACGAUAUCCAACACAUUAAAAGCCCGAGCUUUCGAUAAAUACCGCACGUGCCUUCGACGAUGCCUCUCCCUUCGAAUAAACCCCCCAUCCACUGGCUUAGCUGCCAAUGAUCUCUACCUUACUCUCUCAACUGCCGUGGAGGCAAUGAAAGAGGACGUGAGUCGGUGGCCCGGUCCAGAUUACAUUUCCGUCCCCAAGGUUGAGUCUAUUGCCGACCUACUCUGGGUGGAGAGUCAGGUCAUGAAGAUAUUCCAAAAACACGAUGUGAAAGUCAUUCCCAAUAUUGGAUUGGUUGGGAUGGUGGAGUCGCCCAGUUGUUUGGUCAACAUGAAGGAGCUCUGUUUGGCUGCUAAAAAGAACCUUAAACUUCCUCUGGUUGCUUUGGUUUUUGGAUCGGACGACUACUGUGCUAGUCUUGGAAUUCCUAACUCAAAGGGACGUCAAGAGGCUCUGUUUGCGAGGCAGUAUAUGGUGACAAUGUGCCGGGCUUAUGGUUUAUCUGCUCUUGAUAUGGUGGAAACAAAUCUUCAUGAUAUGGAUUCUUUCCAGGAGAAUUGUAAUUUCGGCGCUCAACUUGGUUAUGAUGGCAAACAGCUGAUCCACCCGGGUCAAAUUGAACCUGCUAACAUCGCUUUCGCUCCUAGUGAGGAGAGGAUUGAAUGGGCAAUGGCUGUAGUGGACGCAGCUGCAGCUCAGACUGCCUCAACUUCAGGUGUUAGUUCCACAACCGACAAAUCCGCACUCAAUGCAGGCGCCUUUGCUUUCCGUGGGCACAUGAUUGAUCGACCCACUGUGAGACAGGCUGAACGUGUUGUCGCCCUGGCCAAACUUAUGCGUGGGGAUUGA